AUGUUCAUACUGGAGCUAGCGUUCAUGCAAGUCAGGAAACUGACACAUAGAUUCCCCACAUAUUUUGUGACUGGUAAUCAUGAAUACUACUAUGGUGAUGCUAAAAAGUGGCUAAAUUUGUACAAAGACCAUCGCAUCCGUGUGCUGAAUAACGAAUGUGAGAUGUUCCACAGAAUCUGUAUCGUUGGUGUGAAUGACGUCUCCAGCGAGACUUCUGGUAUUGCGGAUCACCACAUGAAUCUUACUAUAGCGAUGAGUAACUGCUCGGCAGGCUCAACUCGCGUGGUCUUGGCCCAUAAUCCUGCUAGUGUGCUUGAAUUUUCGCAGAGCGAUCUUGAAAAAGUGGAUCUUGUUUUAUCAGUCUUGCCAUACUUUCAUGGUCUUUAUGAUCUCCCUCAUGGAAAUGGGAAACUUUUCGUCUCUGCGGGAACGCUGUACCAGGGAGCACCCAUGAAAAUGCUAAGAAUGUCGGAAAUAUGGGUAGUGAACAUAGUGGCUGCGAGAUGAAGCAUCUUUGGCUGAGGCAAACAUGACAUUUUAUCGCGAAUUCGAGCAUCAGGAGACAUAUUUAUUUUUUUAUUGGUUUAACUGCAUUUGCCCUGUUAUCUUAUCCUACAUGUAAUGUUCUUGCACCAUAGUCUGUGGAAGUUUAACUGGUAAAUCCGCUCUCUUGUUUGUGCAAUCAAAAUCUGUGCGUAGGUCAUAAAUCAAGAAUGCUUUACUUUAUCAAAGAUUUCCCAAAUUGAAUAUGCUCAAUCAUGAUGCCAGUGAUCCUUUUCUGGGUAGUGUAGAACUUUUGUAGCAGUUUCUUUCGCAUUUUCACCGCUUUUCAGUAUUGCGUUUUCCUUCUAGGUAUUUGUGAUGUGAUUUUCUCUAGGAAUGUUGGGUUGAAAUAUGAUGGG